GAAAGCUUAAACACAGUUGCUCGAUCUUUUCCUUAAUUAGCAGACUAGACACAGCUAUUAUAUAGUAUAAUUCUAUUAUUAAGGCAUUUGGAAAUGGAGAGAGUACUGCUGGAUUCAACUUCUUCAUCUGUUGUUAAAAUUCAGCCACCAACUUAUGGAAACUUGGUGACAGUUCUGAGCAUCGAUGGAGGUGGUAUUAGAGGAAUCAUUCCUGCGACUGUCCUUGCAUUCCUUGAAUCCCAACUUCAGGAGUUAGAUGGAGAACAUGCAAGACUUGCUGAUUACUUUGAUGUGAUUGCGGGAACAAGCACCGGUGAUCUUGUGACAGCUAUGUUAACUGUUCCAAAUGAAAUCAACCGCCCUCUCUUUACUGCAAAAGAGAUCAAACAAUUUUACAUGGAGCACAGCCCCAAGAUCUUCUCGCGCAAAGGGGGUGUAUUUGGAUCGAUACUAAGAUUGUUGAAGGUAAUAAUGGGACCAAAAUAUAAUGGAAAAUACCUUCAUGGGAUUAUAAGGGAGAAACUCGGAGAGACAUGGUUGCAUCAAACCUUAACAAAUGUUGUCAUUCCAACGUUUGAUAUCAAGCAUUUGCAGCCAACCAUUUUUUCCACCUAUGAGGUGAAGAAAUCACCGGAAUUGGAUGCUCGAUUGUAUGAUAUAUGUAUCAGCACAUCUGCGGCCCCAACGUAUCUUCCAGCCCACCAAUUCAACAACCCAGAUGGUGAAGGAAACGUUCAUGAAUUCAAUCUAAUUGACGGUGGUGUUGCUGCAAAUAAUCCGGCUUUGGUAGCCAUAAGCCAAGUAACAAAGCAGAUCUUCAGUGAAAAUCCGGAAUUCUUCCCAAUUAAACCCAUGGAUUAUGGACGAUUUCUGGUCAUUUCAUUAGGCACUGGCUCGCCAAAGGUGGAAGAAAAAUACAGUGCUAAAAUGGCAGCCAAAUGGGGUGUUUUGGGUUGGUUACUCCAUGGGGGAUCCACUCCUUUAGUUGACGUUUUCACUCAAGCAAGUGCUGAUAUGGUUGAUUUUCAUAUCUCGGUUGUUUUCCAAGUUCUUCAGUCCAAAGAUAAUUACCUCCGCAUACAAGAAGAUACAUUAACUGGGACAGAUGCUUCUAUUGAUGUUUCCACGAGGAAGAAAUUGAACAAACUCGUUGAAAUUGGGGAAAGCUUGUUGAAGAAGCCAAUUUCGAGGGUAAAUUUGGAAACGGGACUCGCCGAGCCAAUUGGAAAUGGUGGCACAAAUGAAGAUGCUUUGAAAAAGUUUGCAAGAUUACUGUCGGAGGAAAGGAGGCUUCGAGAGUUAAAAUCGCCCCACACAAAUAAAGUCUGAGAAUAAUCUUGAUUGUAUUUUUCAAAAGAAAAUAGCUUGUAGCACUCCUUCAAUUAUUACAGAUUGUGCACAGGAGUUUUAAAACCCAAAAUGAACAAGCCUUUCCGUU